CCCUAAGGUCACCCGGAAGUAGCGCUGAGCAGUUGUUAGCAGCUAGCUUGCUUUGUGGACCGUCCGGUCGGAUCUCAGGCCAGUUUGGAUCAGCAGCUGCAGGAAUGGGUUCAGUUCUUCCUCUCAGAGACUUUAUCAGGCAGAGACUGGAUGCUGCUGCGGAGGAGAUCUUCUCCGAGGUGGAGAAAACCAUCAUCCGCCUGGAGGAGGAGCUGGCCGCCCAGAGCAAGCUGCUAGCUGUGUGCCUGAAGCCGCAGGUCAGGCUGCAGAGGCUCGGACUUCGUCCCAGACGGGUUUAUAAGGAAGAGGUUCUGACCGACUACGGGAGUCUCUUUGUUCAGGACAAGGUGGAACCAGAACCUCCACGUAUUAAAGAGGAGGAAGUGGAGCUGUAUCCCCCUGACUUCACACAGAACCUCACAGAACCAGAACCUCCACGCAUCAAAGAGGAGGAAGUGGAGCUGUAUCCCCCUGAGUUCACACAGAACCUCACAGAACCAGAACCUCCACGCAUCAAAGAGGAGGAAGUGGAGCUGUAUCCCCCUGACUUCACACAGAACCUCACAGAACCAGAACCUCCACAGACCGAAGAGGCUCAGCAGCAGCCAGAACCUUUGCAGGGAGAAGAAGCUUUGGAUGAUCCAGAAUCUCCUCCAAAUGGAGAUGAACGAUGUGGACCAGAACCUCUGCAAAUGGACCAGACCCUGGUGGAGCCAGACAGUCCACAGAUCAUAGACGACCUGGGCGAGUUAGGAACUUUUGACAUCGAAGAGGCCCUGUCAGAACCAGGAUGUCCACAGAUUAUAGACGACUUGGGCGAGUUGGAGUACCUGGAUACCAAGGAGGACCUGGAGGAACCAGAACUCCUGGAAUCAGAAGAUGAUCCGGAAUCAGAAGACCCAGAAUCUCCCCAGAAUAAAUCCAGAAAAUUGGAGUUCUGGACCCGUCAUGACGAUGAGAGUCCACUGCUUAGGAAGGAGUUUGAUACCUUUGUGCCGCAUCAUAGAGAGUCCACUAGCGCAGAACCAUUGGGGAGUUCUGAAGACGACCCGGCAAAUGUCCAAAUACCAGAACAGAACCGUGUUUAUCAGGAAGAUGUUCCAACUGAGCCCGAAAGGUUCCUCAGUGUGGAUUCAAAGAAACCAGGGUUUCUGCAGAUUAAAGAGGAGCAGGAAGAAGUGAGCUCCAAGCAGUCCGAAGACUCAAAUGAACCCAAACCCUUUGUUUGUAAGACCUGUGGCAAAAAGUUCUCCAACCUGUUGCUGCUGCAAGACCACCGAGACAUGCACCAGAACGAGAAGCCUUACUCCUGUGAGCUGUGUACGCGGCGUUUCACUUCUCAGUACAAUGCCUUCCGCCAUAUGAUUACGCACACCGGUGAGAAGCCCUUCUCCUGUAAGAUCUGCGGGGGAAAGUUCGGCUUGAACAGUCAGCUGGUGCGCCACCUGAGGCGGCACACCGGUGAGAAGCCCUUCUCCUGCCACUUCUGCAACAAGACCUUCAGACAGAGCAACACCCUGACCUAUCACAUCAGAACUCACACAGGGGAAAAGCCCUACCCCUGCAGCGUGUGUGGGAAGGGCUUUGUCAGGAGGGCCACUAUGAACAUCCACAUGAGGGUUCACACAGGAGAGAAGCCGUUUACCUGUAAGAUCUGCGGGGAAAAGUUCAGGUUGAACAGUCACCUGGUGCGCCACCUGAGGCGGCACACGGGGGAGAAGCCUUUCUCCUGCCACAUCUGCAACAAGACCUUCAGCCAGAGCAACUCCCUGACCUGUCACGUCAGAACUCACACCGGGGAAAAGCCCUACCCCUGCAGCGUGUGUGGGAAGGGCUUCAGCAGGAGGGGCGCUAUGAACAUCCACAUGAGGGUUCACACAGGAGAGAAGCCGUUUACCUGCAAAGUGUGUCACAAAACCUUCAGUCGAGGGGAUGGGCUGAGCUACCACAUGAGGACGCACACGGGGGAGAAGCCGUAUUCCUGCAAACUGUGUGGGAAAACCUUCAGACAAUCCAGCCACUUGCUGUGCCACAAGAAGCACUGCAAAAGGGUCUGACCUGCAGAAUGAAAACAUCUGGUUUUCUGAUCCUGUGCUGAAUGAGUUAAACUAAACUGGACCUUAAAGCGGCUCUUCUGGGCCCAUUGAUACCAGGAAAACAUUGGACACUUCGUUAACCUACUGCAGGUGGCCCUACUAUCGGCGGCAACAGCAUUAGCAUAUUUAACGCUUGUCAUGUCAAAAAAGAAGCACAGGAGAAAAGAGGAGUGAACUUGUGUUGGGGGUUGGGCCUUCCUAUGAUUAAAACACCUGCACACCCAUGUGUGGCAGUUUUGACAGACAAAGGAAGAGACUGGCUCCUGGCAAGCAUGUUUAAAGGAAUAGUACACCCAAAACAUGAUUAGCCUUCAUUUUCUACUCACCCCCAUGCUGAACAAAACUCUGGAGUACUUUUUUGAUAUCUCAAAUGCAUCUGGAGAUCUGGGAGGCUUCUU